AUGAACCUCAAACUGAAUCGGGUGUACGGUACACUUUCAUUCCGGUCACCAGAAAAUAAAGCACCUGAAAUAUCUGGCUGGCGACCUUCAUACCUCCGAAAGAGGGUACUGGUUGCAUUUGCGAUUUGUUUUGUUGGAAUGAUAGCGGCCCUAGAAGCACUCUACCAAGUAUCCUCAGCCAAUUCCGGAAUCACGUCUUCCAUUCAAAGCCGCCGCUACAGCUGGACGUACGGGCCCACUGCUAUUCUAACGGUCGUGGCCGCUUUCUGGUCGCGAGUUGAGUUUCAGGCCAAGCAAAUCGCUCCAUGGCAGUCAAUGCUCAAAGGGCCCGAAAAGCCCCAGAAAAGCGUUCUCUUGGACUACAUCUCCGAAAUGCAGCCCGUUUCCUUGUUCAAAGCCGCCAGGAAUAAACACUUUGGCGUAGCUGCUGGUGUCGCAUGCUCGAUGCUUCUGCGUACACUCAUCGUCUUCUCAACCGGCCUGUUCAGCCUGCAGCAGGUUCAGAUUUUGAAGAAAGAUUUUCCAAUCCAGGUGCAGGGCUCUAUUAACUCGUUAAAUUCUUCCAUGCUUGCUGCUGCCACGAUUCAGCCAUUCGAUAUCAUCAAUGGCAUUGUCUUUGAAAAUGUCUCCUACCCCGUCGGUACCACGGCGAACUUUACAUUUCCGACCUUCUCUGUCUCUAACUUUUCUGCCGACGCCACUAUCACUGCAAAUAUUAGGGGACUAGCGGCAGAUCUGGAUUGUGAACCUGCCGAUUUUGACGUUAAGCGUUGGGUGGAGAACAUACCCAAAUCUGAACCUAACCCACUGAAACUCAGUCCAUCUAGCUUUGCUUACACCCUGCCAUCGAUUUAUGACAACCAGUUGUACACGCCAUCUUGCAGGAUAUCCAAUGUGACUAUCAAUAUACCAACAAUUGGAGGCAGUCUCAUCAGUGAUCCAACAGUUAAAGACAGUAUCCAUCCCCGCUAUGUGGGAAAAUUAGCAUUUGGACGGUGCGAUGGCAUGAACAGCUCAUAUGGAAACCGCAUUAUCAUGAUCCUAGCUGAAGCUCAUCUCAGCUUGUCUGCAAAUUCUGCGGAUAUGUCUGAUUUUGGGAAUCAUAUCACCUCGAACAUUAUUCUGAAACGCUCGGUUCAGAUGAUCUGCAAACCCACACUCUCCAUCCUUACUCUUCAAGCCAGAGCCAGCACAAGCAACAAAUUUUCAACUGUGGAUCUUACAGAGAUAGAAAGGAAGGAUUUCAACACCUUACCUAGUCUGACAGCUUGGGACAUUGCGAGAAAUAUACUGGCAGUCACAGCACCCCACGACAAUCUUGAACCUAUUGAAUACCAUGAUCCCUUUUUUGACGACUCCAGAGAAACAAUGAAUGUCGACUGGCCAUUGAGGAUUGCUGUUUGGUUAGCGGGUGCAGCUGGAAACAUUAACAACAUCUUCAAAGCCGGUGUGCUGCACGAUGGAGUUUCAUCGUAUUAUCGCACAAUGGCUGCCCAGCUUGUUCAUAUAGGACUAGAGCAGCAAAACGAAUUGACGAUGAACGGCUCUGCUGUUACCAAUGAGAAUCGAGUCAUGAUGAACCAGCUGCCACUUCGCGUGAUUCAGGCUUUCUUAGCAAUUGGUAUCCUCCUGGCGGGUGUGAUAAUUACGCUGGUUUCACGAGACACGCUGAUUCCUUGGAAUCCGAAUCAUAUUUCAGCAAUUGCAGCAAUCAUGGCCAAAAGCAAAGCAUUUCGUGAGUCCCUUUACGGGAGUAGCACAGCAUCACUCGAAGUUCUUGCUGAACGCCUGGGAGGACGGCGCUAUUACUCAGAGCAUGCGGCAGAAUAUCUCUCUAUAGCCGCAGUGGACGAUACGUCUAAUGACCGAACCAAAAAGGGCGGUCGCUUCUUUGAACCUACGGACAGUGUCCAAGAGUGGAAGCCAUUUCCCAACCUUAUCGUUCGCAUCGUUGCCUUUAUCACAGUGGCAAUGAUCAUUGCCGCUCUAGAGAUUGGAUUACAUCUCUCAGAGAGAAACAGAGGAUUAGGAGGUGCCUCUCCUACUGAAACGGUGCAUUACCUGUGGACUAUGUUACCUGCCUUAAUAAUGGUAAUCAUCGGCCUUUUCUUCACAAGCAUGGACUUCAACACUCGCUGCCUGGCCCCAUACGCACGCCUCAAACAUCGCACUGGUGCAGCAUUCAAGCAGUUCAUGGCAGUCACCUUCCUCGACUCGCUUGCUACAAUCAACAUUUUAAAUUCAAUUCACCUCAGAUAUUUCGCUGUUCUAGCUACCACGCUAGCUACUAUCAUAAGCUCGUUCUUGACGAUUGUUACUAGCGGCCUAUAUUCCACCGUCAACGUGCCUCUACACAUUAGCACGAAUCUCACGCAAGGAACGACCUUUUUCGGAACAUACAAGGUCAGCCAUAUUAACUGGCCUUAUAAAAAUUACUGGCCUUACAUAUCUGAGUUUUCCCCUUACUCAUCGAAAAAUGGUUCUGAUACCUAUGAUGGGAUUGUGGUUGCCAAAUACAUCGUUCGAGACAAUCUUCCCUUCCCGCAUUGGACCUACGAUGACCUUGCCUUCCCCGAGCUCUUGAUAAAUAUAACAUCGAAUGACAAGUUAUUCGAUGGACAAUUUGUGGAUAUCCGAGUUCCGGCCAUGAGAGCUACCUUGAUAUGCCGUCUACAAACAGGCGCUGAGCUUGAGGGCUCGUACGCAUAUCAUGAACUGUCCCUUACACCGCCUAGUGCGCUCUGUGAUCUCAAUGGAACCGGCUUGGGCUUGUCAGCAGCUUCCGGUUAUUUUGAAAUUUCGGGGAUCAACAAGAACACCACAGUCUUUGGCAAAGUAUUCAGCAACCCUUGUCAGAGUGACAGUACCGAGACUUCGACCUCCACCGGCUCUGCUACAGUCAAGAUCAGUGACCGCUCAAUACACUAUGUCUGGGGUUCACUUGCCAACAACGCAAUUGAACAUAUCGCCUCCUUGACGUGCGGUGAAUCUGCGGAGAUGGUGGACACCCAGACACGCUUUCAAUUGCCUGAGUUCAAUGUUGUCGACGAUCACCCCCCAGUCCCAGAUGAAAGCUCAGCCAGGCCAGCCGAGAAAUUCACCGAACCGCCUGAUUGGGCCGGCCUGGACUAUAAUAAUGUACCGCUGGACAGCUUCUUCCAGACGCUUUUGGACGGUAAAUUCGCGAUUUCCGAAGAGGAUCUUGGCCUUGCGGACAGGAAUGAGAAAGUCAUACAGGCAAUCAAGAAACAGCACAAGAUCUAUAAAGCACAACUUUUCAACCGUUGCAAUCGCAUCUCGACGAAUGGUACGUUGGAUAAUUCUCCACUGCUUGGAAAUAUCACUACGGCCGGUCGCCUGAGACUAGUCCAAGAUGCAGUCUCCACGCGGGUCUUAGAGGCCUUUCUCGCCACCAUGCUGGCCUUAGGGAUCCUUGGUUCCGUGUUGAUGAACACAGAUCACAUUCUGCCGAAGAAUCCGUGCAGCAUCGCGGCAGUGGCAAGUCUCUUAGCAGACUCCAAUUUCCUGUAUCAGUAUGAGCAGUAUGUGGGAAACCCGAAUGAUAAAUCAGUAGGUGAGGCUUUGUUUGAGCAUUGCCGGUUUUUCCUUGGUUGGGGCGAUGAUGAGUCCUUGAAUAAGUCAAACAGUGACAAGUUUACGAUAAAUCGUAUUGAAUACGUCGGUGAGAAGGAUAUACCGGAAGGGUGGAUUUGA